AUGCUGAAAUCAUUAAAGAAAAGUGUCCGAUUGUCACUCAGUGAUUCUAACAGUUAUGAAAAGAAGGAAAAGAAAGAGCCUACAAAGUCGGCAUCAUUUUCCUUGCGCAACCUAGAGCUAACGGUUAAGUAUAUGGGCUAUUUGCCAGUAUCCGAUGCUCGCUCGCUGCAAACGUUAAAACAAGCCAUUCGAUUUGUUGUUCAACAAAGGAUACGUAGAACUCACUCACGAUUUGAAAUGAGAAAUUUCCAAGUUAUUAUUUAUGAUUUAGAAAGUGAAGACACAAUUCUUGAUAUCCCAAUACAGAAAGUAGCGUUAUGUGGUAAAGAAUUUGUCAAGGGUUUCGAAAAAUGUUUUGCAGUCAAUGUUACUACCGAUGAUUCUCAUGUUUGCCAUGUCAUGCAAGCAGCAACGACCUAUGAAGCGGAAAAGUUUUUGGUUAAAAUUGCUGAAGCAUUUGAAGCCCUAGGAAAAAUGGCUAAAAAGUCCAAGCAACGAAAAUCAACGAUUCCUACUCAAGCUGCGCCAACAUCGAAAUCAACACCGGCAUCUGAUGAAAUGGCUCGUUCUGAUAAUGGCAGCCAGCAACGAUCUCGAUAUAGCAGCAAUUUUCUUAAUGUCGAUAACCCUAACACCUUGUCAACAGGGAUCUCGAGGGAUAGUCAUGAUGGUUUAUCGAACUCGAUGGAAACACGACAAUUACCACCCAUUCCAAAGAAUUUCAACUACGAUAAUGCAGAAGUUAGUCAAUCUCAUCACGCUAAUGAGAGCCAUGGACUACAAAUUCGACCGCUACCACCAGUACCAGAUGUAGCGAGAAAUUCGUCAGGCCAUGAUGAUGAAGAUGUAGCGAAUAGAGAAACUCUAUAUGCUAGUUUAAAGAAUACCGUGAAAAAGGAUGAAGUAGAAGAUCCUUAUAGUACAAUUAAAAAUAAACUCGGUGAAGAAAAUCCAUAUAGUACAGUUAAAAAUAAACGUGUUGACGAAAAUCCUUAUAGUUCGGUUAAAAACAAAUCAAACGAAGAAAAUCCCUAUAGUACGGUUAAAGAUAAAUUAAAUGAGGAAGACCCUUAUAGUUCUAUAAAAGACAUUCGUAAGGCUAAACUUAAAUUAGCCCUAAGUCAACCAGGACAAGAAAAUAUAACUACCCAAGGGACACCUCAGUAUCAAACAGAAGAUGAAGAAGAUCCUUAUAGUACUGUUCGUACUAAAACCAAUAGUGAUAAUAGUAAAUCCGAUGUGGUCAUUCAGGUUCGUAGCCCAGCCGGAAAUCUUGAGGUAUCUGCACAUGCAAAUGAUUCGACUAGAGGUAAUCCGGCUAAGCAAGUGGAUGAGCAAACAGGCGAAAAUAAGAGCGGCGCAGUUAUGGCCGAGUUUAAAGCUAGCAUUACUCCAGAUCUAUACGAAGCCAGAAAGUCAUAUCAAAGUAGACGUAGUAUUGCAAAUCAAUGGACUAGUUAUAAUGUCUCCGAAGUAUUUGAAGAAGUGGGCGGCGACGAGCAAAAUGAUGUAAAAUCCAAUAAAAAAUUUUAUGAUCCUACCGAUAUUUAUGUUAAUCUCCAUAAAUAUAGAAUGCAAAAUCAAAAUAAAUCCAGUUCUUCCCGUCAAUAUAAUGAUGUUACUAACAAAAUCGAUGAUAAAGGGGAUAGCGAAAAAGUCCAUCAACAAAGUGCGACUAAGACUAAUGACAGCCAAGUCGAUGGAAAUUUAUCGGUUAACCAACAUAAAUUUUAUCAAAGUAUUAAAGAUGUUCAGAGUACUUAUCAGAAACUUAAAAGUAAAAUAAAAUCGAACUUAGUCAAGCAACAUAAUCAACAGCCAACCCAAUUAGAUACAAGAGAGGCAGUUCGCCGUGUUGUUAGUGAAAUAUAUAAAUAUGAUUACAGGCUAGAUAAUUCUGAAAAAUUAAAAGAAAUUAUUGAUGAAACAUCGAUCAGCGUUGAUUCUAUCGAUCCUGAAACUGGCUACAGCUUGCUGCAUCAUUCAGUAUCAAGUGAAAGUUUAUCUUCGAUCAAUUUUUUCCUGGAAAGGGGCGCUAACGUCAAUGUUCAAAAUAGAGACAAGAGGACACCACUUCAUGUCGGUGUAACUACCGGCAAUUUUUCAAUUGUCAAACGUUUACUUUGCCACGGAGCCGAUGUUACUAUUAAAGAUACGCACGGGCGUACAGCAUUACAUCUGGUUAUGGGUCUGCAAUUAGAUCGUAAAAUGAUGUUACUACUUGUCGAAUAUGGAGCAAGAAUCAGCGAGGCCGAUUCCAGUAGUACAAGACCUGUCGAUAUUGAGCCGGAGCUACGAGUUAUCCAACGAGAAAUGAUCCUAAAAUGCAACGAUGAAUUAUGCACAAUUGAUGUUGGAGCAAUAUUUAGAAUUCGCUCUAGAGUUAAUUCUAAAAGUUCGGUAGGAUCAGGAACAGGUUCCAUAAAAAGUAUAGAAAGUCGAUCGAAUUUUUCUAUAACAAAUGAAGAAGUAAGACUUAAAUUAGGUGGCAUUGAAGAAAAUUCAAAUGAUAAUCCUGAUAAUUUACUAGCGGUUCCUAAUAAGCAACAAAGUGAUAUACCGGGGAGUGAUGAGGAAAAUGUUAACUAUGACAUCGAAUUUGGUGAUGGGUCGGAUAAAUUGACUAAUUUUCCGAAUGUUCUUGAUGCUGCUUUACAUGAUAGCUUUGAUGAUCAAAGUGAAAUUCUUAGUGACGAAAGUAAUACUUUAAAGGACUCUUUAAAAAGUGAAUUUAUAAAAGCUACUAAUGAAAUAACUGAAUCUAGUACGACUGUAAAUAAAGAGACUACCAACGUUAAAUUGGCGCCUGCUAAUACCGAACUUCAAGCAUCACAUCAGAGCGGAGGCAAUAGUAGGAGACAAAUCACUAAAGAAAAUUCUUCUUUUUCUGAUAAUAAUAAGGACGACUUGGUACCAGUUUACCAAGGAGAAAAUUUGAUGAGUGAUGACAAUAUCAACGACAAUGAGUUUAGCAGUGAUUUGGACGCUUGGGGUGGCGUAUUUUCCGAAAUGGAUGCUUGGGAUGAUGUCUUUGUGGAAGAAAAUUCCAAUUUAUCAUGUAAUAGGCAAGGGAAUAACGAUCUGCCUGACACUUCUUCACUAAAGCUUUCAAUAGGUCACUCAUUCGAUCAAAAGCCACUAUCACGAGAAGAUAUUAUCAAGAAUAAGAUUAGUAAUGUAGAGCUUAUUCAAACGUUAAAGAUUGAAAACAGCUAUCUCGAAGGGCCAAAUAAUAAAGCUGUGCUUCCCGAUGAUCCAGCAGAAUUAGAAGAUUUUGACAGUAAAGAAAUAUUUGGGCAAGAAGAAAAAGCCGCUAAAAAUCUUCGAAGUUUAGCAAUUCUUUCCAAGAAUCCAGAAUGUCAUACUAUAAUAUUAUCCUUACUCUUCGCUCCAAACAGUAUCUUGCAGAAGAAUAACCCGAAAAGUUCACCAAGAACUUUAUCUGUUCAGUUGACAGCUUUAGCACACACGGAAUCUUCUGUAAAAUCUCUUCCCCGUUAUUUGGCUUCGUUUAUAUUUACACUGUGUAAAUCCGAUGGUAUUAAUAGUCAAAAGAAAUCUAUCAAUAGCGGAAUUGUUAAUUUGCUGUCUGAUUUAUUGGAUUCUAAAGCUGAUCUGAUCAAAAAAAUAAGUUUAUCGUUGAUAUGGGAAUUACUCCAUAUCGACAGCGAUCGGGAAUUUUGUACAGUCCUAUCGCAUUUCCACGUUGAUCCUAUGCUUGAUUUAGUCGCUCAAUGUGAAGCUGAGCAAGAUAUGCGAGCUGAUGAAUUUGAUCCUAAUGCAAUAGAUGAUAUGUAUAGACAAUAUGUAUUGAAUAGCCAUAACCUGAAAGAUAAGUAA